CCGCCAUAAAACUCAACAGAAGAAGAAGAGGAGGCGACAGCAGCAGCAGCAGCGGUGGGCACAACCUCUCAUUAUUCCCCCGGGGUUUUUACUCAGCCUGAGCAAUAAUGUCAGUGAAGCAUGCCAAGCCCAACUUCAGCCAGUCUCAGGUAGCUGAGUUGGUGAAGAGGCUCUUCAGGCUGACGGCAUCAGAAAUUCGCUCGCUGCCGAGCUAUGAUGACCAGAACUUCCAUGUGUUGGCCGUUGAGGGUGGCGAGUACGUCCUGAAGAUAAUGAACUCAGAGGACAGUAAGAACCCCAGCCUGGUUGAGGUGCAGACCUAUGCCAUGUCCUUCUUGCACCAGAAUGGACUUCCUGCCCAAACAGCUCUGCCUACCACUUUAGGACAGCUCAUGAGUCUGGAAGAAAUAGAUUGCGGCUAUGGCUGUCAGAAGUACCUGGUGCGGCUGUUGACUUAUUUGCCUGGAAUCACUAUUUCCAAGGCUCCUUUAACUCCACAGUUACUGUAUGAAACCGGCAAAACAGCAGCCAGAAUGGACAAAAUCCUACAAGAGAUGGAGCACCCUCAUCUCAGCAUGCUGCAGAGAGAGAAGUUCAUAUGGAGUCUGUCAAAUGUUCCCCUCCUGGAAGCAUACAUCAAUGUAUUAGAUGGAGAUCCUCUUCAGGAGGUUGUGAAGUCUGUCAUUCAUCAGUACAAGACUUCUGUGGUCCCCAAACGCUCCAAUUUCCGCAAGUGCAUUAACCACGGUGACUUCAAUGACCUCAAUGUGCUUGUGCAACCUGAUGAGAGUGACGGCCACAGGAUUUCUGGCAUCCUUGACUUUGGGGACAUGAACAGUGGCUACUACAUCCAUGAGCUAGCCAUCACUGUCAUGUACAUGAUGACGGAGCAUCCUAAACCCAUAGAGGUGGGUGGACCUGUCCUCGCCGGCUGGGAAAGUGUCCUUCCCCUCAACGAGGCAGAGAGAGAUUGUCUCUAUGUGCUGGUGCUGUCCCGCUUCUGCCAGUCGUUGCUUUUAGCUCGUUACUCCGUGACCCUGCAUCCAGAAAAUGCAGAGUAUCUUAUGAUUUCAACCAGGAAGGGUGUCCAGUUUCUCUGUCAACUCUGGGAGCUUGGAAAGGAGCAGGUGGAGAAGGUGUGGUUUCAGAGUGCUGCUCAAUUCAGUGACAAAUAGUGAGAAAUAUGUGAGGAAAGCCAUUCACAAAUUUCAACGCACAAUUGGGUGAUGCCACUGAGCCUUUUGUCCAAAUCAAGUAUCAUUAUAAGCUCACCAAUUAAAAGCAAUAGAUUUGUUUUUAGUGUUUUCACAGUAAAAAUAAUACAUAUUUUACCCUUGAGAUUCAGAAAUAUUGAAGUAGGAAUUCUGCAGUGUGUCUGAAUCAGAGGUGGAUAGAUUAGCAAAAAACUGAAACAGAGAAAGUAAGUAAGAAAGCAUUUAGGGAACAGUGCUAUAUAGUGAGUAGUCUUGCAUAGCCAGCCAACAACUGCAAGCUUGUUUGCAUUCAUACUGUUAGUGACCAGGUUAGGGUUAGGGUGACUAGCUUUAAUUUUAUUAAAAAAAUAAUAUAAUAUGUAAGUGUAUGCUCCAUACUGUAUAGUGCACUCAAAAGUUCCUACAGCUUCCAGUUAUGAUGCAAAAUGACGAUGAUUAAUAAGUGUCUGAAACCUCAGUUUCCUGCUCACUAUUGAGUAAACUAUUGAGUGUAUAUUAUAUAGGGAGCAGUAAAUGAGUGAUCAAGGGAACAAAAAGUAUGUAAUCACAGGUCUAUCAGUAUUUCCCUGUUUUACAGUGGGAUGCACAGAUGGUGCAGUGGUAAGGAUUUGCCUUGACAAGCAAAUUGUACCUGGUUUGCCAAACAGAAGAAUGCUCAAUACUCAGGUCACAUGUCAGCUAGAUUGCAAUAAUAAUGUCUUGCUAUAUGGAUUGUUGUGCAUUAAAGACUUUGGUGCAGUAUGACAUUCUGUUUCGGUGGGAAAUAUACCUCAACUUUCAGAAUGUGUGUUUAAUGCUUCAACUGGAUCCAAAUGUUAACGAUUUUAUACUUCUCUACUGUUCCAAUAAUCUCAAUAAACAAAAGGACAUCUCCUUAAA